AACCCAAAACCAUUAGACCCGAAACCCUAAUCCUCCCCUUUACGAGAGAAUCGAAUCGAGCAGCAGCAGCAGCAGCAAGCAGCGAUGGUGUGCAUCAGGCGAGCGACGGUGGACGAUCUGCUGGCGAUGCAGGCGUGCAAUCUCAUGUGCCUACCGGAGAACUACCAGAUGAAGUACUACCUCUACCACAUCCUCUCUUGGCCUCAGCUUCUCUACGUCGCCGAAGACUACAACGGCCGCAUCGUCGGCUACGUCCUCUCCAAGAUGGACGAGGAGAGCAACGAGUGCCACGGACACAUCACUUCCCUCGCCGUUCUCCGUACGCACCGGAAGCUCGGACUCGCCACCAAGCUCAUGACCGCCGCUCAGGCUGCCAUGGAACAGGUUUAUGAGGCGGAGUAUGUUUCGCUGCACGUGAGGAGAAGUAACCGAGCAGCGUUCCAUCUGUACACGGAGACGUUAGGAUACAAGAUUCACGAUGUAGAGGCAAAGUAUUACGCGGAUGGCGAGGAUGCUUAUGACAUGCGAAAGUAUCUUAAGGGUAAGCAAAACCAUCAACACAGCAGCCACGGUCAUGGUCAUGGUCAUCAUCAUCAUCAUGGAGGUGGAUGUUGUUCCGGUGAUGCAAUAGAGACAACUCAAGCUGAAGAUGCUAAAGCAACAACUUCCAAGUGAGACUGAGUUUGUUCUGAUUCUGCUGCUCACUAUUUUCCAUUCAUAUGAUUUUGAGUGUCAAAAAUACAUUUGGUAAAACCACUAUUAUUAUGUUCUCUGUUGUUCUACUUUGGUUGUACUUGAUAUCUAGGCUAUCUUUUUUUUUUCUGUGUAUCAAAUGUUUCUGAAAUCUUUCCAAGAUAGCAGAUCUUUAUAGCUACAAUCUUUAAAAAAUCUAGACUUUUACAGUUUCCUUUUCAA